AUGUCCCGUGACCUACAAAAUCAUUUGUUAUUCGAGACUGCGACUGAGGUUGCUAAUAGGGUUGGUGGUAUCUACUCGGUGCUAAAAUCCAAGGCUCCCAUUACAGUUGCCCAGUAUAAAGACCAUUACCACUUAAUAGGGCCCUUAAAUAAGGCCACUUAUCAAAAUGAAGUUGAUAUAUUAGAUUGGAAGAAGCCCGAGGCCUUUUCCGACGAAAUGAAGCCUGUGCAGCAUGCUUUGCAAACAAUGGAAUCUAGGGGAGUUCAUUUUAUUUAUGGGAGGUGGCUGAUUGAAGGCGCUCCAAAGGUGAUACUUUUUGACUUGGAUUCUGUGAGAGGCUAUUCGAACGAAUGGAAGGGAGAUUUAUGGUCACUAGUAGGAAUUCCUUCUCCCGAGAAUGAUUUUGAGACGAAUGAUGCUAUACUAUUGGGUUAUACAGUGGCUUGGUUUCUAGGUGAAUUGGCGCAUUUGGAUUCUCAGCAUGCAAUUGUUGCGCACUUUCACGAAUGGUUAGCCGGUGUUGCAUUGCCUUUAUGCCGUAAAAGGCGUAUCGAUGUAGUUACCAUUUUCACGACACAUGCUACCUUAUUGGGACGGUAUUUAUGCGCUUCCGGCAGUUUCGACUUUUACAAUUGUCUAGAAUCUGUUGAUGUCGAUCACGAAGCUGGCAGAUUCGGCAUAUACCAUCGCUAUUGUAUAGAGAGGGCGGCGGCUCAUUCUGCAGACGUUUUCACUACAGUGUCACAAAUAACUGCUUUUGAAGCAGAGCAUCUUUUGAAAAGGAAACCCGAUGGAAUUUUGCCUAAUGGACUGAAUGUCAUCAAAUUUCAAGCAUUUCAUGAGUUCCAAAAUUUGCAUGCCUUGAAAAAGGAAAAAAUCAAUGACUUUGUGAGAGGCCAUUUUCAUGGUUGCUUUGAUUUCGAUCUAGACAAUACGUUGUACUUUUUCAUUGCUGGUAGAUAUGAGUAUAAAAAUAAGGGUGCUGACAUGUUUAUCGAGGCUCUAGCGCGUUUAAAUUAUAGAUUAAAAGUAUCUGGAUCCAAGAAAACCGUAGUAGCGUUUAUUGUCAUGCCCGCCAAAAAUAAUUCUUUCACCGUUGAGGCAUUGAAAGGCCAGGCAGAGGUGAAAGCAUUAGAAAAUACUGUACAUGAAGUGACUACAUCAAUCGGUAAAAGAAUAUUCGAUCAUGCCAUCAGAUUUCCUCACAAUGGGCUGACGACCGAAUUACCAACCGAUUUGAGUGAGUUGCUGAAGAGUUCCGAUAAAGUUAUGUUGAAGAGGCGUAUUCUGGCUUUGAGAAGGCCAGAGGGACAAUUACCUCCAAUAGUGACACACAAUAUGGUUGAUGACGCUAAUGACCUGAUUUUAAAUAAAAUCAGACAAGUUCAAUUGUUUAAUAGCCCAAGCGACCGUGUCAAAAUGAUCUUUCAUCCUGAAUUUUUGAACGCAAAUAAUCCGAUCCUUGGUUUGGAUUAUGAUGAGUUCGUUCGUGGUUGUCAUUUGGGUGUUUUCCCUUCAUAUUAUGAGCCUUGGGGGUACACACCUGCAGAAUGUACAGUAAUGGGUGUUCCUUCUAUCACAACAAACGUCUCUGGCUUCGGUGCCUAUAUGGAAGACUUGAUCGAAACCAACCAAGCUAAAGAUUACGGUAUUUAUAUUGUGGACCGUCGUUUCAAGGCACCUGACGAAUCUGUGGAGCAACUGGUUGACUACAUGGAAGAAUUUGUAAAAAAGACGAGAAGGCAAAGAAUUAAUCAAAGAAAUAGAACUGAAAGACUCUCCGACUUACUGGAUUGGAAAAGAAUGGGCCUCGAGUACGUCAAGGCAAGACAAUUGGCAUUAAGAAGAGGCUAUCCUGAUCAAUUCAAAGAGCUAGUUGGUGAAGAACUAAAUGAUUCUAACAUGGAUACUUUAGCGGGCGGUAAGAAAUUAAAAGUUGCAAGACCACUAAGUGUACCAGGCUCACCAAGAGAUUUGAGGUCAAACAGUACAGUCUAUAUGACCCCUGGUGAUUUGGGUACUCUGCAGGAAGUUAAUAACGCGGAUGAUUAUUUCUCACUAGGUGUGAAUCCUGCAGCCGAUGACGACGAUGACGGCCCAUAUGCCGAUGAUAGUUGA